UACUCUCUUCUCUUAAUUGGAAUAUGAAUCCAGUGACUCAGUAUUCAUUUAUUGAUCAUAUAAUAAGGAGGCUUGGAUUGAAGAUGUACCCACAUUGUGAUUUUCUAAGAAGGCCGUUACGAUCGUUACUGGUAAGCCUAUCAAUUACACCAAAUUUAUCUUUUUACAAAAUAUGGACUACUAUAAUUUUUGAAAUUUGAAUGAGUUGUGGGUUGUAUUUGAAUGACAUCCGUAUAAACAUAAACCCAGUUUCAGUUUAGGGUUUGGCGUGUGUGUAUACGGAGAUAAUCGGAUAUCAUUAGUAUCGAUUAUGGCGAUAUCAUCCGUAUCAGCUGGGUUCAGGUGGAAAUUUGGUCCGGUACGGUGGUCAACAAUCACAACGCAACCGUCAAUUUACUUUCUUGGUUCUAAUUUUAUUCCUAAAUUUACUUUAGUAUUGUCCAAUAAUACAACUCCUUUCCUCGAUUAUAAAUCUAUUCCAAAUUCUAGAUCGAUAAUCAAAUCAAGUUCCAAUGCUUGUUUUCAAGUUUGCAAUCUUUUCGAUUACGAUAAUUAUCAAACUCACUAUUAUUUUCGUAGAAUGCUGGCUUCUUCAUUAGUACUUUUAGCUGCUAUGUUUAUGUCUUUAUUCUUUCCCCAACAUCCUGUAUUUGCUGUUUCUUAUGGUAGAAUGGGAUCAUCUUCCGGGUCUAGUUCUUCGUCGUCCAGUUCUAGUUCCUCAUCAAGGCCUUUUACGACUAGUUCUAGUUCUAGUUUGUCAUCGAGGCCUUCUAGUUCUAGUUCAUCAUCAUACAGAACAGAUUAUUGGUAUAUAAACUACGAUGAUAUGAGGUGUAGUGAUUGCAACGAUGAUAUGAGGUGUAGUGAUUGCAAGUGUUACAAAGGGAAACGUAUAACUUGUACUAAUUGCAGUUGCUUUAAAGAAAAAGAGAGUGAGCGCAGUAAUAGUAGUAGUGAUGUUAAUAAUGGCAUCAACUUAUUGAUUUCUAACAGUCCUUGUAAAUGCAAGUGCCACAGUCCUUGUAAAUGCAUGUGCCACUCUGCCACAAUUGAUAAACCAGCCUGGGUUAUAAUAUGCAUAGUGUUUGUACUUGCUGUAAUCGAUGAGGGCAAGCGUCAAAAUUAUAUUUCAGAAGAUAUAAAUAAAGACAAUGUGCAAGCAUCUGAUUGCAAAAUAGAGGUGGCGGACAUUAGAUGGGGAAGUGUGCUUAUGGUUCAGGUUGGAAUUUUGGACAAGAAGCGAGAAUUGCAAAGGAAGUUAAAUAGAAUUGCCCGAACUGCAGACUCCUGCACCAUAAGUGGUUUAAACAACCUUAAGAAAGAAGUGGUGAAAGCUCUACUUGAGCAUCAUGAUUCUUGCCAGUUUGCUUAUCUCUUUGCAAAAUACGAUGAGAUGGAGAAGUAUAGCAGACCAUGUUUCAGAGGAUUUCUUGAGACAGAGCUUGCAAAAUUUGACAAAGAAGAUGAGACGUUUUUGAAUGUCGAUGGUGUUAUAGGUAAAAAAGAUUCUGGAGGGAAUUUCAACAGCAGUGACAAUGAGUAUUCAGUGGUAACAUUGUUGGUGCUUGCUGAUGGCGAAUACUGGAUUCCAUCGGUGAAGUGGCAUACACCACUUGUGAGCAAGGCGGACGUUAAAAUCGCACUGCAAAAGAUUCGUUCCAUCCGAAUGAGCAAUUUAGAGGCUCUUGAGGUGCUGUGGACCCCACAAACGGAGAAUGACAGUAUAUCGGAACAAGAACUUCGCAGAGAUUUCGGACUUCUAAUGAGACCUGUUAAGUUAAUUAAGAAGCCGUAUAGCCUACUUUCUUGGUUUUAAUAUGCCCUGUUAUUAAAUAUAUGGUACAAUGGUAAUGAGCAUUUUCAGAGUUAAUUAAGAAACCGUAUAGCCUACUCUCUUGGUUUUAAAAUGCCCUGUUAUUAUGUAUGGUAAAUAGCAUUUUCAGGCAUUGUAAA